AUUCAACAACAGCUGAUGUGUGUGUCUGGAAAGUGUAACUGAAGUGAACUGAACAGCCUCUUCAACAAUCAGUGCAACCCAUUCUAGGUGUGACUGUGUGAGGCUGUCUGUCUGCGAGGUGUACCUGGGGGUUCUUGGCUGAGAACAGGAGAAGGAUCUGAGCAUGGUUCAUGCUGCGGCUAUGGCUCAGGGGAAGAAGAGACCAGCGGUCCCCCCUCCUGAUGGGGGCUGGGGCUGGGUGAUCGUGGCCGGCUGCUUCAUGGUCACUGUUUGCACACGUGCCGUCACUAGAUGCAUCUCAAUUUUUUUUGUGGAGUUUCAGAUGCACUUUGGUGGGGACUAUUCAGGGACAGCCUGGAUCCACAGUCUGGUGGACUGCACCACUAUGCUGUGUGCUCCUCUAGGCAGCUUCAUUGGGAACCGUCUCUCGUGCCGCAUCGCUGUGAUCCUUGGGGGCUUCCUGUCCUCCAUCGGCCUGGUCCUCAGCUCUUUUGCUACCAGCCUGGAGUACCUGUACCUCAGCCUGGGGGUCCUCACAGGUAUUGGAUUUUCCCUCUGUUACACCCCUGCCAUUGCCAUGGUGGGGUCAUAUUUCUGUGAGAGGAAAGCCCUGGCAUACGGGAUCGCCAUGUCAGGUAGUGGCAUUGGGACCUUCAUCCUGGCCCCUGUGGUCCAGCUGCUCAUAGAGCACUACUCCUGGCGUGGGGCCCUACUCAUCCUGGGGGGCGUUGUCUCCAAUCUGUGUGUCUGUGGGGCCUUACUGCGCCCUAUCACUCUGAAAGAAGAAGAGGAGGCCCAUGGUCCGGUCCCGUUGGAUACCGACUGUGGAUAUAGGGUCAAAGCUCAGGUGGUGAGCACGUUAGAGGAACCUCUGGCGAUUAACAACAGCAAAGACAGCCGCUGCUUCAAGUCUAUGCAGGAGUACCGCUUCCUGCUGAUGCCGGACUUCCUGAUGCUGGCGGUGAGCUUCUUGUUCCUAGCCAGCGGCUGCAGCCUGCCGUUCGUCUACCUUGUGCCCUACGCACUGGAUGUGGGCGUAAGCCACCACCAGGCCGCCUUCCUCAUGUCUAUCCUGGGGGUCAUAGACAUCGUGGGGAACAUCACCUUCGGCUGGCUCGUAGACAGGAGGUGCCUGAAGAAGUAUCGUAAUGUGUGCUACAUGAUUGCAGUGGGCAUGGAGGGACUUUGCUGCCUCUUCAUCCCUCUCCUGCGGACGUUCGCCCUGCUGGUGCCUUUCUCUGUGCUUUAUGGGUACUUCGAUGGCGCCUACGUGGCCCUCAUACCAGUGGUGACCUCAGACAUUGUGGGGACAACUAACCUCUCCUCCGCUCUGGGGAUUGUGUACUUCCUACAUGCCAUUCCUUACCUGCUCAGCCCUCCAAUAGGAGGCUGGCUAGUUGACACCACAGGCACCUACACGGCCACCUUCUUCCUCAGUGGCUUUGCCCUCAUCUCCAGCUCGCUGGUCAUCAGCACAGUGACUGGGAUACGCCACUGUCGCAGGUCCCAAAAGCACAGAAAAAACAAUAAAGACACAGACCCCAAACAGGAUCCUUGUCAAGGCAGCCGAUCAGACUUCUACAUAGCCUCAAGUAAAGAUGUGAACCCUUCAACCAACACAGCAAAUUCUUAACAUUGGACGCUUUUGUGUAGUUUUGCAUUUGUUUUGUUGGAAUACCAAAGUAUAUUGAAGAUUAUGAGAAACAAUGGUCAAUUGGUACACAUAAUCUAGCGUGGUAGUUCAGGUUUGGGAUUGAUUUUCCUCAGAAUGAGCCAUUAUAAACGGACACUAAAUGGAAUGUAAAUAAUUCCACCGGAACCAGAACAGCUUCAGCUGAAAUAUGGAAUUUUCCUUCUGAUCCGUCUAUCAAAGCUGUGAUAUUAUUGCUCAUUUUAUGUGCCUUUCCCUUUCAGGGUUUCCAUGUCUGUCAAUCCAAAUGUAACGGAAGAAGUUGAUCAAUUUCAAUAUCUGAAGAUUCAGACAGGGUGUAUGUAAUUGAUUAUUUCUGAAGACAACAGUCUUCCAGUUGUUUCGUAAAUACUUGAUAUUGACAUGGGAGGUCAGCCAUAGUCUUUCACUCCUUUGUGAACGACUAUGAUCUAUUGAAAUGAAUGAUAAUGGGAACUUCCUUAAGACUGGAACUUAGAAGUUAAUAAUGAAUUAGUCAUUAUUCAUUUAUAAAGGUAUAUUCAUUUUCAUACCAAUUUCCUAUACAAUAAUUGAUGACAUUAAAAGACAGGAUGAUUUGCUUUACAUGUGUACACCAAAUGUAUAGCUUUGUAAAGAUAUACAAAAUGUAUUAUUACAUUGCCACUUGUUACUUUGUAGUUACACCAGUGGGCUAUGAGGACAAUUAUCUUGUUCCAUAUUAGAACAACCCUUGUCUGACCCUUCUGAGCUUAACGUAAAAGCUAUAGGCCAUCUCAGCCAUAUGACUUCAUAACACACAUUGGAUCCACUUAGAAAAAAGGUGUUAUCUACACUGAAAAAUAUAUAUAAACACAACAUUUACAUCCCUGUUAGUAAGCAUUUCUCUUUUGCUAACAUAAUCCAUCAAUUUGACAGGUGAGGCAUAUCAGGAAAAGGAGAUACCUAGCCAGUUGUACAACUGAAUGCAUUCAACUGAAAAGUGUCUUCCGCAUUUAAUCCAACCCCUCAAGAGGCUGAUUGAACAGUGUGAUCCUUACAUAGGUGCACCUUGUGUUGGAGACAAUACAAGUCCACUAUAAAAUGUGCAGUUUUGUCACAAUGCCACAGAUGUCACAAGUUUUGAGGGAGCGUGCAAUUGGCCUACUGACUGCAGCAAUGUCCACCAGAUCUAUUGCUAGAGACUAGAAUUUUCAUUUCACGACCAUAAGCCGCUUCCAAUGUCGUUUUAGAGAAUUUGGCAGUACAUCCAACCAGCCUCACAACCGCAGACCACGUGUAACCACGCCAGCCACAUCCAGCUUUUUCACAUGCGAGAUCGUCUGACACCAGCCACCCGGACAGCUGAUGAAUCUGUCAGUUUGCACAACCGAAGAAAUUAUGCACAAACUGUCAGAAACCAUCUCAGGGAAGCUCAUCUGUGUGGUCGUUGUCCUUACCAGGGUCUUGACCUGACUGCAGUUCAGCAUCGCAACCGACUUCAGAUCCUGAGGCCCAAUUGUCAAGCCAUUCAUCCUCCCCCAUCACCUCAUGUUUCGGCAUGAUAAUGCACGGCCCCAUGUCGCAAGGAUCUGUGCACAAUUUCUGGAAGCUGAAAAUGUCCCCAGCUCUUCCAUGGCCUGUAUACUCAACAGAAAUGUCACACAUUGAGCAUGUUUGGGAUCCUCUGGAUCGACGUGUACGACAGUGUGUUCCAGUUACCAACAAUAGUUAAAUAAAGGUUAAAUAAUUUAAAUAAAUAAAUAAAUAUAACAGUAACUUUGCACAGCCAAUGAAGAAGAGUGGGACAACAUUCCAAAAGGCCACAAUUAACAGCCUGAUCAAGUCCAUGCGAAUGGGAUGUGUCGUACUGCAUGAAGGAAAUGGUGGUCACAAAAGAUAAUGACUGGUUUUCUGAUCACGCUCACUUUUUUUAAGGUAUCAGAUACAUAUAUGUAUUCCCAGUCAUGGUACAUCCAUAGAUUAGAGCCUAAUGGAUUUAUUUAAUUUUACUGAUUUCCUUAUAUGAACUGUAACUCAGUAAAAUCUUUGAAAUUGUUGCAUGUUGCGUUUAUAUUUUUGUUCAGUGUAGAACCUAAAAGAGUGUUUUGCUGUCCCCAUAAGAGAACCUAUUGAAUAGCAAUUUUUGGUUCCAGCUAGAACCCUUUUCAGUUCCAUGUAGAACCUUUUCCACAGAGAGUUUAACGGAGUUAGAUGAAAGGGGAGGUGUCCUGGUAUCCUUGGAUUAAUUGCAAAGCCACCACUAUGUCAUUGUAGCUCAGUUGGUAGAGCACGGUGCCUGUAACACCAGGGUAGUAUGUUCAAUUCCAGCGACCAUAUGUAAAAUGUAUCCAACCAUGACUGUAAGUCCCUUUGGAUAGAAGCCUCUGCUAAAUGGAAUCUAUCACAAUUUAAAUGUAUUCUCUUACAAUGUCCAGAAGAAACCUAAGAAUUUAUGUUGAUAUUUCUUUAAAUAAAAUUAUUUUUUUAAAUCAUA